AUGGACGCCCAAACGCAAGCCACCCCAACAUGGGCAGACAUCGAAGACGCUACACGUAGUGAUGCAGGCUCGCCAUCGGCAACGAUGGUCGAUUCGCCGGCUUGGCACUACGAUGACACGGUCGUCACCGACUUUGGCCCUGCAGCCUUGGACGACGAGGUGCAGAUCGUCGAAUGUGCAGAUUGCACCAAGCCAGUGCUCAAGGAAGCACUCGGAUUCCAUCAGCAGAAUUGCAAGCUGAUCAAAGAUAUUGCGUCUGGUCGUGUGUCGCCGUCAAUACUGGAAGGCGAUCUUAGGAAGCGCCGGAUGAUGGAUGACGAUGACGAGAGCAUCCUUGGCGACGACUCGGGCCUCCCACUCACCAAAAAGCAAAAGAAAGAAAAGCGGCUCGCCGAAGAGAAAAAGAAAGGCGGACGCAAGAACAAGGGGCCCAUCGACGUCGACAAGCAAUGCGGCGUCAUCAACGACAAAGGACUACCCUGUUCCCGCUCACUCACGUGCAAAUCUCACUCGAUGGGAGCCAAGCGUGCCGUCGAAGGCCGGUCGGCACCUUACGACACGCUGCUGUUCGAAUGGCAGAAAGCGACCAACCCGAGCUUCGUUGCCAAACUCGAAGAAAAGGAGAAAGCCAUUGCAGCGGCCAAGGCAGCCGCAGCAGCUGCUCCUCCAAAGGAGAAGAAGAAGAAGACCGUCAAGGACGGAAAAGCCAAAAGCGGCGGUGGAGCAAGUGGGGGCGGUACGGGUGCCGGUGGCGCGUCGGGUGCCGGUGGUGCUUCGGGGUCGGGUGGGGUGUUUAUCGAAGACGACGAUAUGGACAUGUUUGACGCGGGUGCUGACGAGGAUCAGAUGGAUCAGGAACUCGUCUCGGUACUAGGUUCGAUCGCACACGCUGCAUCGCGCGAUCGGACUACUGUGCUGCCGCUCGCGACGAGAUCGUUCGCAGGCUGUUACACGAGCAGGGUCAAGCGCAUGCGCAACCUGCGCGAGCUGCUCAGGGAAGGGCUGACCCCAGGAGGAGGAGCAUAUGGUAUCAACGGCUAUGCCACGUGGAACAACCACCAUCAUCGUCCUGGCGGCUUUGGGCCGGGAGCAGGCAAUACGUCGAAGAAGGGUGUCGUUUCCGGUGCGUGA